AUGAGUGAACACACUGAAACAUCCUACCUCAUCAUCGGCGCCGGUGUUUUUGGCGCCUCAACCGCGCUCCACUUGAUAAGAGCCGAACCCCGCGCCAAGGUGACACUCGUUGACCGCAACGCUUUCGACGCGCCCAUCCGCGUUGCCGCCUCCUGGGAUUGGAACAAGGUUGUACGUGCCGACUAUGCAGAUAUCGACUACAUGCGGCUUGCCCUUGAGGCCAAGGAACUCUGGGCGUCCGACCCGCUGUUCAAGCCGUACUACCACGAGAGUGGUGUGUACUGGGUAUCCGCGACGAACUUCUCCCAAGUGGUACAAGACAACUACAAAAAGCUCGGAGUUGACUCGGGUUUGUUUUCGCUACCUGUUGAGGAGGCGAGGGCCAAGUAUGACGGUAUUUUUGAGCACGGCGACUAUACUGAUGUGAAGGAGGUGUUUAUCAAUAAGAAUAGCGGAUGGGGUGAGGCCAAGGAGGCUCUAAGAGAGACGAUCGAGGAGGCUGUCAAACUUGGAGUAAAUUAUGUUCAGGCUGAAGUUGUGAAGCUCGAGUUCGACGGUGAUGGCGCCACGACAGGAGUUACCACAUCCGAAGGGAAGACCAUCCGCGCGUCUCGUGUCGUUCUAUCGACCGGUGCGUACACGGCGAAGCUGCUUGCGGACAGCGCGCCAGAUCGCCCUGAACUCCACGCGGGUGAGAGGUUUGUCGCUGCAGCGGUGACUGAAGGUUUCACGCCUGUUUCUGGAGAAACUGCGGCAGAGUUGUAUGACGGUCCGGUGGGCAUUUCAACCGUCCCUCCCGAACGAGGUGGGCAAGCAAUGGAAGUGUCCCGCACUCUGGAGACAAGACGCUCAAAUUCUGGGGACAGAUUAUAUUCAAAAACACGGAACCACACCCAACUGGUGGCGGAAUUUCACAGCCUCCUUCGGGACCGGACUACGCCCAGCUGGAUGUCCCGGCUUCUCUAA